AUGCGGAGAAAUCAGACUGAAAUCACAGAAUUUAUUCUUCUUGGAUUUGGAGAAGUUUAUCAUCUGCAGAUCUUCUUGUUUCUAUUUUUUCUGGUAAUAUAUAUCAUGACCAUGACUGCCAAUAUUAUUGUUAUUCUUCUUAUUGUGAAUGAUAAACGUCUACAUACCCCAAUGUAUUUCUUUUUGGGAAAUUUGUCCUGCUUGGAGACUUUCUAUAGCUCAACCAUCCUGCCCAGAAUUCUAGCUAGUCUUCUGACAGGAAACAAGAAAAUAUCUGUUUCAGGUUGUAUUACUCAGCUAUAUUUCUUUGCAUUCCUGAUUAGUACAGAAUGCUACCUGCUUUCUGUGAUGUCAUUUGACAGAUAUUUAGCUAUCUGCAAGCCUCUCCAAUAUGCAACAAUUAUGAAUAUGAGACUUUGUGUUCAAUUAGUCUUUGCCUCUUGUUUGAAUAGCAUGGUAUUUACCUCUAUAUUUUUAGGCAUUGUCUUAAAAAUACAAUUCUGUGGUCCACAUGAAAUUGAUCACUUCUAUUGUGAUUCUCUACCACUUGUAAAACUUUCUUGCAAUCACAUCAACCUUGUGAAAAAUGUCACAAUGAUAGUUUCAUUCAUCUUUACUUUUCCUCCUUUUCUUUUGACACUGACAUCUUAUGCAUAUAUUAUUAUUACUAUCCAGAAAAUUUCAACCUCUACUGGGAGACAAAGGACUUUUGCUACCUGUUCUUCUCAUCUGAUUGUUGUCUCUAUUUUCUAUGGAGCAUUAAUAAUUGUAUAUCUAAUACCCAAAACUGAAACCAUAAAUCUCAAUAAACUAGCUUCUGUCCUUUACACAGUUCUUCCACCCAUAGCUAACCCCCUCAUAUAUAGCCUGAGAAACAAAGAUGUCAAAGAAGCCAUGAAAAAGGUGGUGACAAAUAUUUUGAAAAUCCAUUUGUAA